AUACAAUUCACGCUUUUGAGACAUAAAUGAUUUCAACAAUGACAAAUAAUAGACAGUCAUAAAUUACAGUAUUUACUAACAAUUAUUAGAUUAUUUCAAUCAAAUGUGACUAACAAAACAAGCAGAAUAUUACAGAAAGAUGAAAUGAUAUCAAAAGAUAGGAAAUCGGUUCGUCGAGUUGGUGUUAUAUCGAAACCUGAUAAUUUAAACUAUCAGUCGGUUAAAGAACAUAAUGAUCAAGCCAAGAAAAACUCAUUAGAUACUCAACUGAAAUUUCGAUUUAAUUUAUUUCGAAUGAGAAGUCCAUCACUAAUACACACUUUCAUUAAACGUAAACGUUCAGAGCCAACCGAUCAUAAAGAAAUCUGCCCUGAUUAUAUUAGAAAGCAUUCAGCGCCUAUUUCAUAUAUCAGAGCAAGAUUAUCUUCAUCACAGUCGCCUGAUCAACAUAAUUUACGUUUAAAUAGUAUAGAUGAAAAAUUAACCAAUCAUCCUUCUGAUAUAUCUGACAGUGAACAAAUAGAGGAAGUACGAAGUACAUCUCUUCAACGUGUAUCAUUUGCUACAGAACAUUUGGAAAUAAAUAUACCAGAUGAUGUUUUGUUUGACGAGAAUGUUAUAUCAGAAGGUGUGAAUCACAUAACUAAUACCAGAGCGGAAUAUUGUCAAAGUCAUGUAGCUGAUGAUUUUGGAAAUUAUGAAGAGAGCAAAUAUAACAACACUUCUAGAAGGUAUCCACGUUAUUCCUUACCAGCUAUGUGGGGUCGUGGAUCUGGUUCAGCUAACCUAGGACUGAAUACAACAGCUACGACGAGCCGUAAAACUCAUACUCAUACAACCGCUGAUUCAAAAGAUAAAGCUUCUGGUAACCGAGGAGAUUUAUCUACAUCGCUGAAUUUCGGAGCAAGUGGACAAAGCAACGUUCAUUCAAGUGUUCACCGAUCAAGCCAUUCUCCUUUUUCUGUAAGUGCGAAUACAACAUCAAAUUGUGAAUCUCCAGUAGUCAUAUCAUUAGAAGGAUCAGUAAGUCCAAAUACUUAUGGACAUCAGAAUUCUGAGCCGAAAACCAUACAAACAGUACAUUCACGUUUCAGACAGUUCUGGGUAGAGACGUUUGUUGGUGGUCGUUCUAGAACUAAAUCUGAAAAUCAGACUCCUUUACAAGCUGAGAGUCAUAAAGUCAGAUUUUCUGAUCGCCUAAAUGAGCCAUUAGACUCAGAAGUGGACGUCUUACCGCCUCAUGCAUAUACAAUAACUGGAGGUUCAAGUCAAGCUGCUUCAAUUCUACGACCUCUGGCUGUAUAUACAAACCUUUCUGGUCCUCAUUCAGAUCAAGUAUCACCGGGAUUUAUCUCAUCUGGCACCGGUAGUCUUCGACGGCUAGUAACUAAAAAUUAUCGUGGUGUGGUAAAUGGAAUUUCAAUUACACCCCCAGCAUUUUCACUAUCCCAGCAAAGUGACAAAUUGCGAUGGUCAAAAUCUCCUAUUGGACGAAAAGAGCGUUUUGUUUCUACCGGUAAUAUAACAAGCAAAAGUUCUGACGACUUUUACAUACAUCCAAAACCUUCUAAACUACCUCGUGAACAACCAGUGAGUAGUUUGGAAUUUACAACUUCACGACUAAAAAAUCCAAAGAAGAACUUCCCUUUGAAAACUAGUCUGGAUGCAUUACGCAGGAAAAGAGCUGGAAGUCUAAGUGGGAGAACAGUCGACCGAAAAAGUUUGACAAUAUCUCCUCAACCACCUAGAGAAUUUUUAAUGGAGCAUUUCUCUCGGUCGGAAGAGAAUAUUGUCUGUGGAACGGAUAAACCACGAAUAAAAGCAUCCGCUCAUAACACCAUGGAUAAUUCGAGUGCUGCUUCAGCUUCCAGUGUUCUGGUAACAGGAUCUAAUGAAAUUUCGGAGAAAAGUCAAUUGAAAAGUGGCGAUCACAGUCAUCAUCACCAUCACCAUCAUCACCAUCAUAAUAAUAAUCACCAUCACCAUCAUCAUCAUCAUCGUCAUGGUAAUCAUGGCCGUUAUCAUCGUAACCGAGGUUUAACGCAUACAAUGACCCGUGUAGUAGAAAGUCGACGAUAUUUAAUGUUUGCAAAGUCUCUACCACUUUGGUCAGCUAAGCAAUAUAUGGAAACACAUGGAACAGGAAUGGGUGAAUCGGAAACUUAUGCUAUAUUAUUUCAACAUACACCUUGUUACGAUCUGGUUCCCGAUAGUGCUAAACUUAUUUUGUUGGAUAGCCAGUUAACUAUAGGCAAAGCAUUUAAGGCACUUAUUUACAAUGGGAUACGCGCUGCUCCAGUAUGGAAUUCCGAAAAUCAAACUUUCAUUUCAAUGCUUACUGUAACUGAUUUUGUACAAAUGUUAAAUUAUUGUUGGAAUCAAACAGUACCAUCGAAUAUUGAUGAAUUGAAAAAUAUACAAAUUGAUGAUGUUGAUCAAAUUACAAUACAAAAAUGGAAAGAUAUGCUUAUCGCUGACAGAACACAUCGUUUAUCAUUACAAAUUACCUCGUCUGCUAAUAAAAAUGUCAGUAAAUCAAUGAACAAAUCACACACAACAUCUUGGCCCCCAUCCAACAACACAUCAUCAUCAUCAUCAAGUUCACAUUCAUCAUCAUCCAGUAACAGUGAUAGUGAUAGUGAUAGCGACAGUAACAAUAAUAGUGCAAGUGAUAGUAGUACAAGCAGUAGUAGUAGUAGUAGUAGUAGCAACAGUCGAUUCAGUAUGACAUCAUGCCAAGACCUUCCGGUAAUACAAUUAUCAUCAAAUCAACAUUUGACUGACAAUACAGUGAAAUGUUCACCAAACAUUAACAAUGAGAACAAUAAUAGCGAUAUGAAAAUACGAAUUCAUAGUGAUAACACUUCAAACAAUCAAACAUCGUUUCUGAAUAAAUCGGUACAGAAUAUUUUUCCUGCACGUUUGUUUGUCUGUGAUCCGGAAGAAUCGAUUUUUAAAGCAUUACGAUUAUUGCUGAGAUUCCGACUGCAUCAUUUGCCAAUCAUGGAUUCACCUUUCGAUGGAUGCGGUAAUAUAUUGUACGUACUUACUCAACGUAAAUUAUUGACGUAUCUAUUUGAAAAAUUACAUAAAUUACCUCAACCAAGAUUUUUACAAUCAAGUCUAACAGAUCUAAAGAUUGGAACGCAUGGAUCGGUUUUAUUGGUUAAACCAUCUACUCGUUUAGCUGAUGCACUUUUAUUAUUCCAAGAGAAUUAUGUAACUGCUUUACCGGUUGUAGAUUCAAUCACUAACCGUCGUUUAGUGAAUAUAUUUUCAAAAUUUGAUGUAUUUACUCUAGUAUUAAAUGGAGCUUAUAAAAAUCCUAACUUAACCAUUCAAGAAGUACUUGACAUAUGUAAGACAAACAAUAAGUCUGUGGAUGAGACACAAAGAAAACCACCUGUGGAAAUUUGUCUUGCAUCAAACAACUUACUUUAUGUGAUAGAAAAGCUUGUUAAAACAGGGUAUCGUAGCCUUGUGAUUGUGAACAAUACAACUGAUUAUCGUGUAGAUGGUAUAAUUAGUUUAUCGGAUGUAUUACGUUUCACUGUAUUACAACAGUUACGUAUAACUUCAUCACGAUCACAACCACCAUCUGUAGCUGAAGUUGUUGAUGAACGUGAUGAAUUCAAUCAAAGUGGAAAACAAAAGAAAAAGAAAAAGUUAAAAAAAGAAAAAUCAUUUGAUGGUACCACCACUGAUUUACCAUCAACUUGUUCAUCAGAAACAGUUAUAAAAAGAAUUUUUUGAAGAAGAAGAAGAAAAAAAACAGAAAAUUGGAUUGAAGAGGGACUAUUCGCA